GGAGGGAGGGAGUGAGAGCGAGAGCACAGAGAGAGAGAGAGAGGGAGAGCACACAGAGAGAGAAGGGGAGAGCUCAGCAGAGCACGAAAACGAACGCAAGAGUAGAAAGGAGCUCCGAUAGUGAGACAGGCCGGGAGAGAAAGCAGAGAGAGAGAGAGAUAAUACAGCCGGCGACAGAGAGACAGCUCAGUAGUGCUGCCAUCAGGAAUAACAACACUGCCAUGCAACCUUAGUGCGGGUGGAUGAUUUGGGGCUGUCGUUGGAUGCCAGACCGUGCCGUGCAGUCCGAGUCCUGGGCAUCACUGCAAUGAGGAGUCUUAGCGGUGGCUGCAGCAGAGUGAUCCAGUAGGUAGCAGGGUAAGAUAAUUUCGAGGUCAAGAUGGCGGGACAGGGGCUGCUGCCCUCCACCAACCGUUACCUCCUCCUGCUCCUGGGGGUUCUGUCUGUGGCCCACGCCUCCAUCUUCCUCAAGGCCUCCUUCCAGAGAGACCGCCGUAACAUCCGGCCCAACAUCAUCCUCAUUCUCACUGAUGACCAGGACAUGGAGCUCGGCUCCAUGCAGGUCAUGAAUAAGACACGUUGUAUCAUGGAGCAGGGCGGGACUCACUUCUCCAACGCCUUUGUGACCACGCCCAUGUGCUGUCCUUCACGCUCCUCCAUGUUGACGGGGAAGUACGUUCACAACCACAACACCUACACCAACAAUGAGAACUGUUCCUCCCCCUCCUGGCAGGCCCAGCAUGAGACUAGGACCUUUGGAGUGUACCUCAACAACACGGGCUACAGGACAGGCUUCUUUGGGAAGUACCUGAAUGAGUACAACGGUUCCUAUAUUCCUCCUGGAUGGAGAGAGUGGGUGGGGCUGGUCAAGAACUCCCGCUUCUACAACUACACCCUGUGCAGGAAUGGAGUCCGCGAGAAACAUGGCUGCGAGUACCCUAAGGACUACUUUACGGACCUCAUCACAGAGGAUGGCAUCAACUACUUCCGCUCGUCUAAGAGGAUGUACCCUCACCGGCCGGUGAUGAUGGUGAUGAGCCAUGCAGCCCCCCAUGGGCCAGAGGACUCAGCACCUCAGUACAGCACUGCCUUUCCCAACGCAUCCCAGCACAUCACUCCCAGCUACAACUAUGCCCCGAACCCAGACAAGCACUGGAUCAUGAGUUACACUGGUUCUAUGAAACCCAUCCACAUGGAGUUCACCAACAUGCUACAGAGGAAGAGGCUGCAGACCCUGCUCUCUGUGGACGACAGCGUGGAGAAGGUGUAUAACAUGCUGGCUGAGACUGGAGAACUGGACAACACAUAUAUCAUCUACACAGCUGACCACGGCUACCACAUUGGCCAGUUUGGCCUGGUCAAGGGCAAGUCCAUGCCCUACGAGUUUGACAUUCGAGUACCCUUCUACAUCCGAGGGCCCAACGUGGAGGCAGGAGCCAGCAACCCUCACGUGGUGCUGAACAUUGACCUGGCGCCCACCAUCCUGGACAUCGCUGGCAUGGACGUCCCGCCAGACAUGGACGGCAAGUCCAUCCUCAAACUGCUGGACAUAGAGAGACCAGUCAACAGGUUCCAGGUGAAUAAGAAGGGGAAGGUGUGGAGAGACUCGUUCCUGGUGGAAAGAGGGAAGUUGCUCCACAUGCGUGAUGCGUCUUCAGGGAAGGACGUGGCCCAGGAGGAGAACUUCCUGCCUAAGUACCAGCGGGUCAAGGACCUGUGUCAGAGAACAGAGUACCAGACACCCUGCCAACAGCUGGGACAGAAGUGGCAGUGCGUUGAAGAUGCUACGGGGAAACUGAGGCUGUAUAAGUGUAAGGCCAUGACCAGCAUGUCUGCAGAACGGAAGGAGGGCCCUGCCAACAUCAGGUCCCAAUUUUACCCCCAGCGCGAAGCAAAGCACAUCGCAGAGCGCAACACAGAGCCCGAAGGCUGCAAUUGUGACCAGUUCCCUAGCUUCAGACUCAGUGCCUUCAAGAAGAAAAUGUUCCUUUCCAAGAAGAAGAUGAAGGCUGUCAAGAGCUAUGCCCGUAACCGUUCUGCCCGCUCUGUGGAGAUGGAGAUAGGAGGGGAACUGUAUGCUGUAGACUUGGGGAAUGGCUACCAGCCUGUACUGGCCCCCAGGAACCUCAGCGAGGCUGGGGCCCCGGGGCCACUCGACGACACUGAGGACGACUUCAGUGGCAUGGGGUUCACCAUCAGUCCCAGGACUAGCAGCAACAGUCUGGCUAUAGUACCUUCUGACAUCAAAGUCACACACAGGUCAGGGAGUGUGUUGAGGUUCUAUGUGGAUGGAUGCUCCAUCCUGGUCGAUGACACAGUGAAGUGUGACACAGGGAUCUAUAAGUCUGUGCAGGCCUGGAAGGACCACAAACUCCACAUCGACCAUGAGAUUGAGACCCUGCAGACCAAGAUCAAGAACCUGAGAGAAGUCAGGGGUCAUCUGAAGAAGGCCCGCCCAGAGGAGUGUGACUGUCUCCGCUACAUCUACCAGUCUAAGUACAAGAGUAAGCUUAGGCACAAAGGAAGCAGCAUUCACCCAUUCAGGAAGGGUCAGGAUAAGGAUAACAAGGCGUGGCUGCUGAAGGACCAGAAGAGGAGGAAGAAGAUGAGGAAGCUGCUGAAACGUCUGAGGAACAACGACACCUGUAGCAUGCCUGGUCUAACCUGCUUCACCCACGACAACCAGCACUGGCAGACCGCCCCCUUCUGGACAAUGGGUCCAUUCUGUGCCUGCACCAGUGCCAACAACAACACCUACUGGUGCGUGAGGACCAUCAACGAAACUCACAACUUCCUGUUCUGUGAGUUUGCGACUGGCUUCCUGGAGUACUUUGACCUCAACACAGAUCCCUACCAGCUGAUGAAUGCUGUGAACACGCUGGACCGAACCGUCCUAAAUCAGCUCCACGUUCAACUCAUGGAGCUCCGCAGCUGCAAGGGCCACAAGCAGUGCAACCCCCGUACCCGCAACCUGGAGCUGGGAGGUAAAGAGCGAAGCAUCUUUGAUGAAUACAGAGGGCGUCAUCCACCCCCACCGCCCAGCACAUCUGCCUUAGUCAUCUAAUCAUCUCUACCUGUAGAGGGCGCCAUCCACCCCCACCGACCAGCGCAUCUGCCUUAGUCAUCUAAUCAUCUCUACCUGUAGAGGGCGCCAUCCACCCCCACCGCCCAGCGCAUCUGCCUUAGUCAUCUAAUCAUCUCUACCUGUAGAGGGCGCCAUCCACCCCCACCGCCCAGCGCAUCUGCCUUAGUCAUCUAAUCAUCUCUACCUGUAGAGGGCGCCAUCCACCCCCACCGCCCAGCGCAUCUGCCUUAGUCAUCUAAUCAUCUCUACCUGUAGAGGGCGCCAUCCAUCCCCACCGCCCAGCGCAUCUGCCUUAGUCAUCUAAUCAUCUCUACCUGUAGAGGGCGCCAUCCAUCCCCACCGCCCAGCGCAUCUGCCUUAGUCAUCUAAUCAUCUCUACCUCUAGAGGGCGCCAUCCACCCCCACCGCCCAGCGCAUCUGCCUUAGUCAUCUAAUCAUCUCUACCUGUAGAGGGCGCCAUCCACCCCCACCGCCCAGCGCAUCUGCCUUAGUCAUCUAAUCAUCUCUACCUGUAGAGGGCGCCAUCCACCGCCCAGCGCCCAGCGCAUCUGCCUUAGUCAUCUAAUCAUCUCUACCUGUAGAGGGCGCCAUCCACCCCCACCGCCCAGCGCAUCUGCCUUAGUCAUCUAAUCAUCUCUACCUGUAGAGGGCGCCAUCCACCCCCACCGCCCAGCGCAUCUGCCUUAGUCAUCUAAUCAUCUCUACCUGUAGAGGGCGCCAUCCACCCCCACCGCCCAGCACAUCUGCCUUGGUUGACUCUCACUUUUCAUAAGACUGCAGUGCCUCACAAUGUCUCUCAAUCUUUCUGAUACUCUGCUGUCCAUGUGUCUUGUCUGUUUCUCCAUGUAGCUGCCUCAUAAACUAGUGUGAAUGUCAGAGAAUGAACCCAUUCAAGCAUUCAUAUAGAAUAGAAUACUACUCUGUCCUGGGACCAGUUUACUGGGAGCAGUGUUCAUGUGGUGGUGAUGAGGAGAGUACAGACACAAUGGGAGACAGAGGUUUGCUGUGGAUGACACUGUUUUGUCUGUGUGAUCUUGUCUCAUCAGAGGACAGAUUUGGGAAGGCUGGGAGGGAUAGGGUCCAGGAGGCGACAGUGGCCCCGUCAGAAGCACCCAGUGCAGGAGGAACGGGAAUGGACUGGUCAGAACUUGAACCCUUGUACAGACUUGACAAGCACGCGUACGAUCUCAAACUCAAUUUCAACGUCAGCCUGGAGGACUGGGACAACUUUGACUGGACCGUGGACAGGAUGUUCACGAUGCUAGGCAACUUCAACCACCAGCCGAACGGGCGCCGCAGCAACUUGAUUCCCGGGGAGGGCAGAGGAGGAAGAGACCACGCCCUGGUGUCCUCAACGGACCAAUCAGCCUCAGCCAUCUACCUGACCACCCUGGCCACUCCAGCUCUCCUGCUGAGAGAGGCUGCGGCCGAGGUCCUGAGGGAGGCGUUGGGGCUGAAUGGAGGGGAGCACCGCUCUUCCUCCUCUUCCUCCUCCUCUUCCUGUCCUCCAGUCCUAGCUGAGGAGGGCCGCUCAGACUGGGACCACUCCCCACCUCUCCUCAACCAGUUAGGGGAGGAGGGCCCGCCUAGACUGCAUGACGAGGAUGAGGAGGGCAGGGAUAGGGGUGAUGAAGAGGAGGAGGAAGAGUUGUUUAGGAGACGGUCGGCCCGGUGGAGGCUGAACCAUGCUCACUGUCAGUGCAGUGACUUUGUUCAGGAAGCUGAGAACGGGUUGCCUGUAUGACUGCCUGUAAGACCCCUCUCUCACUCUGUCUCCCCUCCUCACCUGAGAUUUUAGGGAGACUGAAUCAGCACAAUGUCACCUCUGGCCUGUCCACCACCCAGACCCGCUUCUCAACCUCCUCCUCCUCAGGCCACAGCAGCACUUCCUGGCUGAUAUGGGGAUGAGCCUGUCCCUUUAAUCAAGACUGUAGUCCUCCAGUGCCCCAACCAUUUCCCAGGCCAGCAGAUGGCCCACUGCUGGCCCCUUCCUGUAAUACACCAACGGACUUCACCAAGAGAACACAGCAGCAGCGAACACAGCAGCAGCCCAUGAUUCUUUAUGAGCGAACACAGCAGCAGCCCAUGAUUCUUUAUGAGCGAACACAGCAGCAGCCCAUGAUUCUUUAUGAGCGAACAUAGCAGCAGCCCAUGAUUCUUUAUGAGCGAACACAGCAGCAGCCCAUGAUUCUUUAUGAGCGAACACAGCAGCAGCCCAUGAUUCUUUAUGAGCGAACACAGCAGCAAACCAUGAUUCUUUAUGAGCGAACAUAGCAGCAGCCCAUGAUUCUUUAUGAGCGAACACAGCAGCAGCCCAUGAUUCUUUAUGAGCGAACACAGCAGCAGCCCAUGAUUCUUUGUGAGCGAACACAACAGCAGCCCAUGAUUCUUUAUGAGCGAACACAGCAGCAGCCCAUGAUUCUUUGUGAGCGAACACAGCAGCAGCCCAUGAUUAUUUAUGAGCGAACACAGCAGCAGCCCAUGAUUCUUUAUGAGCGAACACAGCAGCAGCCCAUGAUUCUUUAUGAGCGAACACAGCAGCAGCCCAUGAUUCUUUAUGAGCGAACACAGCAGCAGCCCAUGAUUAUUUAUGAGCGAACACAGCAGCAGCCCAUGAUUCUUUAUGAGCCAACACAGCAGCAGCCCAUGAUUCUUUAUGAGCGAACAUAGCAGCAGCCCAUGAUUCUUUAUGAGCGAACACAGCAGCAGCCCAUGAUUCUUUAUGAGCGAACACAGCAGCAGCCCAUGAUUCUUUAUGAGCCAACACAGCAGCAAACCAUGAUUCUUUAUGAGCGAACAUAGCAGCAGCCCAUGAUUCUUUAUGAGCGAACACAGCAGCAGCCCAUGAUUCUUUAUGAGCGAACACAGCAGCAGCCCAUGAUUCUUUGUGAGCGAACACAACAGCAGCCCAUGAUUCUUUAUGAGCGAACACAGCAGCAGCCCAUGAUUAUUUAUGAGCGAACACAGCAGCAGCCCAUGAUUAUUUAUGAGCGAACACAGCAGCAGCCCAUGAUUCUUUAUGAGCGAACACAGCAGCAGCCCAUGAUUCUUUAUGAGCGAACACAGCAGCAGCCCAUGAUUCUUUAUGAGCGAACACAGCAGCAGCCCAUGAUUCUUUAUGAGCGAACACAGCAGCAGCCCAUGAUUCUUUAUGAGCCAACACAGCAGCAGCCCAUGAUUCUUUAUGAGCGAACACAGCAGCAGCCCAUGAUUCUUUAUGAGCGAACACAGCAGCAGCAGCCCAUGAUUAUUUUCCUAAUGCAGGAUGUUACUUUGCUUUGUUUUUUGUUUUUGGGGAGCUUUGGGAAUAUGAGAGGAAAAUAAAGUUGAUUGCUUUUUGAUAUUCAUUGGAUUCUUUGAAAAAAGAUUGUGUAUUUUAUAUGUGUAUUUGACUUUGUUAGUUUUUACUAAGGGGUGUAUGAAUUGGUGCUGGUUCCACCCCCCUGUGCUGACUACCUGUAUGUGGCACAUUGAUUAAGGCUUUUUUUUAACCAAUGUGUUACUAAGUCAUUUUUGAAAACACUUAAUUCCACAAAAUGCAGAUGAUCAAUUAUGAGGUUCAGUGACACACACACACACACACACACACACACACACACACACACACACACACACACACACACACACACACACACACACACACACACACACACACACACACACACACACACACACACACACACACACACACACACACACACACACACACACACACACACACACUUUGAGUUAGAGUGCUGUGGAACUUGCCUUUUAGUUUGGUCGGUCAAACCGACACGAGGAGGCCGGGGUUUGGGUUGGAGUGCAGGUAGGAACUGGGACUACGUGUCAUCGAAGUGCCAUAAUCUUUUCAGUGUUGCAGCUUAUUUGAGUUCUACUAUGUUUGUAAUGAAAAACAAGAGACUUGAUAUUUAUGUGAUUCAAAGCAUUCCCUUUUGUUGUGUUCUUAUUCUUAUUUAAGAGUUUUUACUGAAAAUAUCUCUACCGCUACAACUUGGUAGCUGUGGCAUUAACCGUUUUGAGAGAGUCCAAUGAUGUGAACCCACUGAGACGUAUAGAGAUCACAGCAUUGUAGCUGUCCCAUUAUGGUGUCUGUGACAGUAUGGGCAGCACAACUGAAGCCAUUUCCAUUUUAAAAUAGUCUGUUUUCUUCUUCUUUAGAUAAAAAAAAGGUGUAAACUAAUAUAGGUGUCUUAUCGCAUCCUGCAGUGCUGGAGUCCUGAACCAAAUUUAGUGUCAUUCAUUUAUUGUGGCCACUAGAUGGCAGUCACAUAGAUUGAAGCCAUUUACAAACUAGGCAAACCAUUUUAAAGAAGAAGACAAUGCUCUGCUUAUUGGCUGAUCGCUCCCAACCCCAUACGAAUCUCUACACAGUUGACUACUGUAAAAAUGCCUGGAAGCCAUCAAUGGCAAUGUCCAUGCAAAAACAGGUUAUUUCUAUGUAAUUAUCCUUAUACAUCUCUAUGUGUAAACCUGACUUGUCCAGUCUGGUUGGUUCAUCCAGGAAGUCUGUUUCAUGAAGUCAUCAGUCCACAGUUGAGUUCCCCUGCUAAGACGUUGUUGCAUGUAUCAACCAAUGGUUGUGUGCUAGGUCAUCGACUGUGCUGUCAGGGCACCAGAUUGCUAGGACAUAUGAUAUGGUUAGCUGAUAUGUAAAAUAACUAUCCAAUGGCUGGGCCGAGGAACGCGCCCCACUACCUCUCUCUGAUGUCAUCAAAGGCUUCAGAGAGAAAAGGUGUGCUUGAUUUACAAGCCGAUGUGUCCCAGAGAUGGGCGGGACACAGGUUUCAUGACCCACUCACCUUAUACAGCAACCCUGGCAGUUUAUUCUGCCUAAUACCACUUAGAGAUACUCAGACACAUGCUGGCUUGUAAAACAAGUCGACACAGUCACGAUCGGCCGUAACUUCAUGGACUAAAGACUGUAGUUACACGUGUUUCUCUUAUAAAUAAAAAUACAUGGAAAAAUAAAUGUAUUUAACAAAUGCUGCAUUCUUUAUAACAGUAGAUUUGUUCGCUAUACAUGGUGCUAUUGGGGUCUCAACAUAUAUAUACAAUUGCUGUGUGUAUUUGAAUGUAGGUUUUUUGCGAUUAAUGUAAAUGUUAAAAUAUAUUUUAUAAUAAACAGAUAUUACCUAUCA